GUUCUGAGUUUUGUGUUCCAGCAAACUUUACUGUCUUUUAUUUUGAAAGAGAUUUAAUUUGAAGAAAUUUAAUUAUUUUUGUAAUUUCAUACGUUUUUCUUAUCCAUCCAUCUUAUUUUCAUUCUUUAUUUUUUAUAUUGUACAGGAAUUUUUUUUUUAAAAAAUUUAAGUUUGAGUGACGUCACUUAUUGGCGCUGACUAGUUCUACAUGUGACUGGAGAGAGGUUGGUAUUUUUGCAUCUCUGUAUAACGAUGGAUAAAAAUGUAAAAAUGGUUAAAAAUAUGAGUCAAUAUUAGUGUUAAAAAUGUUCAAAAGAUGGAUUGAGUGCAUAUAUUUGAUUUUCUGUGAAGAUUCAAACGCUACAGGAUGUCUAUUUCCUUCGGGAUAAAUAAAGUAUCAAUCAAUGAAUCAAUCAUUUAGCAAGUUAGAAACGAGUGGCCUUUAUAUGUUUGUUUAAUGUUGCCGCCCGCACGCUAAUUUAGAGUGCGAGUUUUUCCUUUUAAUAUGAGUUUUAAAUACAAAAUUUUGGUGGAUUGAGUCUGUAGAAAUUAUAUGUCGUCUAUUUAAGUUAAGGUGAAUGUGUGUAAUUUUUAUUUAAAUCGUAUUUUGUGCAUAUUUAGUCAACUGAGACCUAAAUUGAGUUUGCAGUCACUGUUUUAAUGGAGGACACGGAUUAAUCUGUUUUGUCUCACAUCCUUCAGAUAGACUGUUGGUGAAAGGACGCGUGUGUGUGAUCCCGUGACUUUUGUUUAUUGCAUACUGCAGGUAUGAAAAUCACCAAACCACUAUACGAUCACAUAACUGAGUUAUAUUGGCUAAAUAUAGUCUGAUGAUAAAUGUGUUUCAUGUUAAGUGUAAUGUUAAUGUAAAGGAAAAGUGUACAUGUUGAAUUCAUUUUAUUUUGUUAUAUAAUUUUUGUUUAUGUAUAUUUGUGUAAGAAUUGUAAUGAGUGACCAAAGAGACUGUUUGUUAAUUGGACUUUAUUAUGGAGUCUCUGAGUUCUACAUGUGACUGGAGAGAGUCAGAUAGACUGUUUGUGAAAGGAUGCGUGUGUGUGAUCCCGUGUCUUUUGUUUAUUAAAACUGCAGACGUGGUUCACCAAAAAGAGCUUGUCGGUGUGUCAUUUGGAUGAAAUCCGCUACAUCUCUAUGCGGGCAGAAGAGGAAGACAAAAUGACAACAUCCCGUCCUGACAUCUCGCGUGGUUCUGUGUAACUUGGACAACUUAAAGUUACGCCCCCUGCUAAAAGUUACGACCCCUUUAAGGUACCCUCCUCUCUUGCGGUCCGCAGACAGACCCAUCUCCCGCACCAGGGUACUCUCAUUAGUCGUGGAUCAAUGCAUUGUUUUGUCCCGUGGAGUUUCCCACGUCCGUGUAACGACUGCAGUCGCGUGGCUUCAGUCAAACGGAUCAGAAAUGAUUUCUCAGACAUCUGCACGCGUGGCUGACGGCACGCCGAAAUCCUUUCACUCAUAUUCACCACUUCAUGAAUCACUGAAGUUAAACUAAACGAGAACAGUUGACAUAUAUCCUACUUAAACUAUGUUUACUUCCCUAAAGUAGUACCAUGUAUUGUGACAUACAUUAUUUUACGUCAAUAAACAAAACCUUCGUUAAACAAUUACAGUAGUUAUGGUUUAACUGAUUUUUGUAUGGAUUCCCUUGGCGCCUUUAAUGCGCACUGCCUCAGGUGAGUUAAUUGCGGUUCCCAGAUAACACUUGUGCCUGGGAAUGUUAAGUCGAAUUGAAAACCCAGCUUUGCUAUUUUAAUGUGAGGAAUGGACAUAAUGUGCAGUUUUUGUGCAAAUAUCGCUUCCAGGAGGCUGGACAUCUGUCGUUUGCGCGUGCGUGUGUGUUGGGAGUUUGUGGAUUGAAUAGAGUCAAUGACCUGUCAUUUGCUAGCAAUGGGAGAGAGCAUGUGGGAAAAUAUUUCAGCCAAAGAGCCCGUGCAUUCACAUGCUAAUGCGUAUUCCUAUAAAUACGGGACGUGUGCAGCGCGGAGGGCCUUAGAAACAUUGAGUUUCUGAGUGAAACUGCACAUAAGCCACUUGAGAUGACUGCUACCAACAUCCAGCAGAAUGCAGGCCAGAUCAGCACUAAAGAUCAUAGAAAGCUGCGGAAACCGCUUAUUGAGAGGAAAAGAAGGGAACGAAUAAAUCACUGUCUCGAUCAACUAAGACAAACUGUAGUUGGAGUGUUCAGGCUUGAUCAAUCCAAGCUGGAAAAGGCAGAUAUUCUGGAGAUGAGCGUGAAACAUUUGCUGAAUGUUCAGAGCAGUAAAAAAGUUUAUGACCCCCUCCUGGAUGCAGAGGCUCAACAGAGAUAUAGUACUGGGUACAUCCAGUGUAUGCAGGAAGUUCACAACCUUCUACUCUCCUGUGACUGGAUGGACAAAACCCUUGGGUCUCGCCUCCUCAACCACUUGCUCAAAUCUCUACCAAGAUCACCCAUAAACCACCCUCAGCAUCCCAAGAACUGCCUGACAAGCAUUUCCUCAAGCCAUAGUGACAAUGUUGGUGUCCAUGCCAAUGAGAUGGAUAGUCUAGGAACCUUUCCUUCUCCUGUUAUACCUCCUCAAAGUCCUUGCUCUAUUCCUGUAAGGCCACAUGCCAUGCCUCUCUAUUUUAAAGAUGUGGCGGCCAUGGUGAAAGUGUAGGACUGUAUGCGUGUCUGUUUGUUUAUGUGUUACGGUUUAGGAUUUAUGACUAACUUGUGUCGUUGUAUACAUGUGAGCCAAGAAUGCUUGUGGAAAUGUACAAAUGUGGAAAUGCAUACACACAUAGGGAAUAGGGGUGUAUAUACACCCUAAGUUUGCUGUCUAUGCAGCAUUUUUUCUCAAAUCAACAUAUAUGUUUAGGUUACUUUAACUUAAUUUCAAUUUCAAGUUGAUUUUAUAAGUUAUGUCAACUUUUAAAGCCCAAACUUAAAAUAGUAGGUUGAAUUGACUUACAGAACCAAGUUGUUUUAACUUCCUGCUGCAUUUUUUUUUAGAGUGCAUGGAAGACCCUCCUCUGAUAUCUUAUAGAUACGCUUCUCUGCAAGCGUGUGUGAGGUGGAUCCAGUACAGAAUAGCUCUCAUUUCAGACCUUGUCUACUUCCUUUCUGAAGUUAUUCUACUGUAGCCUGAAUUGUAGAAGGCCACUAAUAAUCAGCUUAUUUAUUUAAUUAACACUAUAUACUAUUUAAUGAUAGUAUGUCUAUGUUAGAAUCUUUUUAAUAUAAAUUUAACACACAUUAGCUACUAAUGUUGUACGUCAUCCUUUCUUUACCUUUUACUUUUCUUUGUACACUUUUUUUAACCUUUAUUAAUAAAGCAGUGUGUUUUUAAAAUGUAUGAAUUUAUAGUCACAUAUUUGUAUAAUUCUAUUUCAUUUAAAAUAAAUUGCAUGGUUACUGUGUUCUUUUACUUACAGAAAUGUCAGCGCAUAACACACAGACCUCAGAAGCUUAGUGAGGACCUCUUAUGAAUUGCCAUUCUAAGAUAGUAUUUACCGGACCCUACACUGUUAGACUUAACUGUAAUUUCUACAGUUACUUACCACAGUAUUGCCCAGUAAAAUACCAUCAUUUUCUUUUCCAGUUCAUUACCGUAAUAUGCAUUGCAUUAUGGGUUUUAACAUUUAAUUUACAGUGAUUUACUGUAUGUUUUGAAUUUGUGGUAGACUGCUGUAACACAACAGCAGUAGUGCUACUGUAGUUGAAUAAAACAGUGUUAUAAAAGCAUUUAAAGGAGCGGUGAAUCAAAAACUCAAUUUUAACUUGAUAAUUUGUUAUAUAAGAGGUCAUCAUACUUAAAUGAACAUCCUGCAAGUUUCAGAACUGAAAACGUCCGUGCUACUGAAAUAUAACCGUUUUUGGCACCAAGCCAGCUAAACACUCCAGUGUGGAAUUCGGAAAUCUAUGACGUCAAAGUAGAAUUGAAACACCUCCCCAUAACCAAAAGGACACGUCUACUUUUGUAGCCCCGCCCACAGCUUCGCGUGACACACGUGUGUCUCAACAAGUAAACAUGUCUUUAAAGAUUGACAAAUGUAACCAAAAUGAAUUUU